CCGCAUCACGAGGAGGGAAAAUGAGAGUGCAGACAGGACUGUGGGACGACAUUACUCUCUAGCUUGUUGGGCCGCAACUCAGAAAAGGUUUAACAGAGCUAUAUAAGAGGCCGAGCAUCCAGCAGCAGGCUCCAGAGACAGACUGACUGACCGAGCAUCGGUGCAGAGGACCGUGGACUUAAAUCUGCCUCCAGGUACCCACAGCACUGUGAAACCACCGCUCAGGGAGAAGAAUGGGACUGCUCAGCGUCGAGGAACUGGUGACUGGUAAGAGGUCAGAGGGCAUAGAGGCAGACGACUUUCAGGGAGGCGUGUACGAGGCAGCCGUCAAUCAGGAGAAGCAGGAUGACCGCAGAUCCCGCAGGGAGCUGGGCGUCAGCGGGCGUCUGUCGGAGGAGAGCGACAGUGGAGGCGAACAGGAGGAAGUCAGCGUGGCAGCUCUCAAUAUAAAAAGCGGCAGACUGAAGCUGGAGACGGUGGACGACCUGUUUCAACAUCCUGCAAGCUGAGGAAGAAACGGAGAGAGAGGAAGACCUCCGGUCCACAAGAAGGAGCAGCCAGAGCCUGAGACCGUGCCAGAGAUGGUGGAUGAGCAGCUGUUCCUGACAGCAGCCAUGGAGAACAAACUGCCUGUGGUGGAGAAGUACCUGUCUGAUGGAGGAAACCCUGAUGCAAGCGACAACUUCCAGAGAACAGCUCUGCACAAAGCUUCUUUCAAAGGUCACGUAGAGGUCAUGAAAAGACUUCUGGAGGCUGGAGCAGUCAUGGAGAAAAAAGACAAGCUGGAGGCCACAGCAGUCCACUGGGACUGCAGAGGAGGCAGCCUGCCGGCCUUGCAGCUCCUCCUGGACCGAGGAGCUAAGUUCACCUCCAGAGACAAGGUUUCACUCCCUCUCCACGUUGCUGUGAGGACAGGACACUGCGAGUGUGCUGAGCACCUCAUUCACUGUGGAGCAGACCUGAACGCCAAAGACAGAGACGGAGACACACCCAUGCACGGCGUGAGAAUAAACCGAUUCAAGAUGAUCAAACUGUUGAUGAUGUACGGGCCAGUCUUCAUACAAAGACUGUGUGAGAUGGAAAACUCCGAUGAGACAUUGUAUUCAUGGCAGAAGUGGAGCCAAAGCCUCCUGUGCAACUUCAGCGAGGAGAAGCCCGAUCAGUAGAAGCCGAGUCAGUCCAGUAAAGUCAAACUGAAACGGAGCCGCGGGAUCUCGUGACCACGCUGAGGUCCAUGAAGGGCAAAGUCCACUUUAUCCAGAGAAGCUUUCCGAAGUGUGGACGCUGUUUUCCAGUCUCACGCGCUAACUCACAGACAUUACGUUCCUCAGGAAAUUGGGUGACAGGUGUUACCUUGUACCUGUAUCUCCUCCUAGUUCAGGGAUUUAAUUUGGAACAGUUGAGGCAGAUUCACCUUUGACCUGCUGAGUUUUUUCAGGAUUCAUUUUCCUCAUAUGAUAUGAGUGCAUGACGUGUAUGGUCACAUUGGAGACCAGAGUGAAGGAACCUUUGAUCAAAAAUGUGAAAUGUAAUCAGGAUGAUGUCGUUAUUAGCUCUGAUAGAUUCACUGAUAUUGCUGGACAAUGUCUCGGAGGACAGUACAGAGAUGUGCUUUUCCUUUCCUGUGUUCUUACUUUAAGCUGAGUUAAAGUCUAGCAUCGGAAGGUGACUUGUUUAUUGAUUAAUGGCAUUUCAGUAUCAGACUUCAUUAACUUUGUUCUGUCUGCCCAACAAUCCACUUAACA